ACAAUAAUAAUCCCCGGUGACAGCUAGCUGCGUAGAGAAAGGACCCAUCGCAAAAGGGGGUUCCCCCAUCCCAAUAGACGCACCAAAAAGGCAGUUACAACACGAGGUCAAAGCACUAUUAAAAUGGAGGAAUAAGUUCAAGUUCACGUUUGUUUAAGUAGUAUGGUGCCGCACAAUACAAAACUCCUUCAUACUAAUUCGGCUUUAGAACACAGGAAUUAAGACAUUCUGUCGUCUACGAGAGCUGAUCGGAAUUUUUGGGAAACAUAUUGCCCGUCAAAUUUUGGAGUUGAGAUCAACAAAAUCAGUAAAUUUGUGAGUAUAGUGUGAUUGUGGAACUAAGAUAUGGGCUCGUUUGCUGGACAUGCUUUGCCAGGUGCAUUUUUUAUGGUGUUCGCUGUGUGGUGGAUGGUACAGUUUGCUUACCAACGAGUAGCACUCGACCAUGGACGGGUGAAACCGAGAGGCCGUCUAUUUCGCGCUCUGCACCGGCUGCCUAUCGAGGGCGUUGCGGUGCUACUCGCCGGUAUAAUUGGCUUCAUUGCAGAGAACUUUUAUCCCUAUCCAAAGUGGAUAAUUUACGAUGAUGAUGGGAAGUUUGCCAACACCCAUGUAUGGCAGCACUGUGCUAUGUACUCAUUCUUCUCACUGUACGGUAUUGUGGUAAUUUUCUCCAAAACCUGCAUGCCUCACGCGGAGAAGUACACCAAGCUUCUUGGUGCUCUGGCCUUCUUCGUUGAAGGAAUGUUAUUCCACUUCCACACCGUGGGUCGCCCAGCCAUCGACGUACACCUUCACAACCUUCUUGUGUUGGCGAUCUCGGCCUGUAUGCUCUUUACACUCGGUGAAGCCUUCUUCCCUAAAGAGGAACGAUUCCGCAUCAUGCGUUGUACGGCAGCCCUUCUCCAAGGAACUUGGUUCUUCCAGGUUGGGUCUGUCCUCUACUGGCCACCAUCCGGGAAGCAGUGGGACGAUGAAGAUCACAGCAACUUGAUGUUUCUUACUGAGGCCUUCAUCUGGCAUCUUCUGGUGGAUGUCUGUCUUAUCGUGUUGGUGUACGGCAUCUCAUUCUUGAUUUUAAAGGCGACGGGACAUUCUACCCUUCACUACAGGGAGAUGAAAACUGUAGACGGAAGAGAUAACAUUGAAUUUGGAACGACCAGCCUGCUCGACAAUGGAGAGCCGAAUGCCCAUGAUUACGACUCGGAGUGACUAAUGCGUCUCUAAUUUAGGCCAAAAGACCGGACAUAAAGUGUUUCCCGAAGAAACAAGAAAUGAAAAAUAAUGAGGGCAGCUAAGAAGGUCAACAGCCAUUAUCUUAAAGCAAACUUAGCAAACCUACCAUGGACUCCCUCCCUAGACCUUAUCAUAAAUACUCGAUAAGCGGGCAUUAGGCAUUAUAUGAAUCCUGGUCUAGCUAGCGAUCAUGUUUGAUCGCUAGCUAGACCACCAUGCACCUCAUACAACAGUUAGCGCUUGCGCAAUAGGUAUUUGCGCAAAGGUCUAUAGCCUUACACGUCACAUGCUUAGUCAUAGUAGCAUGCUACUUGCCUGUAUAUGCAAGGAAGGUAGUGGAAGUUCUGAAUUUAAAGACUGUGACUGGUAUUUGACUGUUGUUUACUUAGCAUAACAGUUGAGUGGAGUCUUGGCCGGUAAUCUAAUUAAGGAUU